AGACGGAAAAGGAAGAGGAGGAGAAGAAGACCGAGAAGGAGACGGCGAAGGCAAAGGAAGUGGAGAGGCGGUGGUGGUCGGUGGCGAACAAGGUGGGGAGCAUUAGCUAGAAGGAAAAGGCGCGGAGAAAAGGCAGCUGUAGUAGGGGUACCGGAGAGACUACACAGUGCAGAAGCCGAGGCAGCGCACUGAGCCACGAGGGGCUAUUCGAGCGAGGGGAGGGUGACAAGAAGCCCUGGCGGGGAGGGGACGCGGAGGCCUUCGGGGGGCCGACCAACCAGACGGCCGAUGAUGUCAUCGGAGGAGGAGACCGAGUGUUUCGCCCUCUACGGAGCAACCACGGAAAGCAAGCAACAGCAACUCCUGAAGAAGCAGAAGCGCACCAGACAGCGCGUGGACGCCGGCGAGCCGCGCAACAGCUACUCGAGUAUACCGAACUUUAGCUCCCGGCCAUCCUUUCUCGGUGGUGGUCUAUACGGCUCGAUCUUCAGUGGUAGUGGACCGCCGUCACAUCAACAGCAACAGCAGCCAGGGCAACAACAGCCACAGCAACAUCACCAGUCGCAAUCGCAGCAACAACAGCAACAACAACUCCAGCAACAGGCUGGAGCGACUGGCAGUCAAAGUCAUUUAGGUACAGCUACGACGGGUCCUACAACCCAGCAGCAUUCCGCCCACGCGGCCUUCGGCUUCUUCGGGGCUCCGGGCUUCGGCCCCGCCAAGAUGCUGAACGAGUUAUUAGGAAGGCAGGUCAAACAGGCCAGUGACGCUGGCGGAUCCCCGCCAGAGGGCGGCCACGGGAUGACCGGUGCCGGCAUGGAUCCCGCCUCGAAUUUGCAACCGGGCGCCGUGGUUAAUUGUGAUGAUCCCGCCACGGCUGAUCUCACGCAGCACAUGUUACGCGACAUGCUUCUGCAGGGGCGUAAACUCUCCGCUCUCGGCGUGCAGGAGCAGCCGAACAAUAACAACAGUAUACACAGUAAUAACAAUAACAAUACUACCGCGGAAUUACUUAAAUCACAGCAUCAGCAGAGUCCCCAACAGCAUCAACAAAAUAGUGAUAGUGCGCGUAGUGGAACAGUGCAGAGUGGCGGGGAAGAGAGUGGUGAUGGUAAUAACGUCGUGAAUAACGCGAAUCACAGUGACCGCGAUACCGUGAUGCCGGGCGAUGCUGAGGACAGCGCUGAGGAUGCUGCCUCUGCGGCACGCGCGAUGGAGGAGGCCUUUGCCGAGGCCGGUAUGGAACCGGGGGCAAACUUGGACGGAUCGGAUUGCGAGCAGAGCCUGCCUCCUAGCCCAACGGCACCAAGAUCGGGCUCGGUCUCCGUCAAGGAAGAGAUGCAGGAGUCGAUGAAUAUCAAACGUAGCCCCAGUCACUCUCCUUGUCCGAUCGUGCCGAAGACCGAGACGAGCUCUCCAACGACGGAGAUUAAACGCGCCCGCGUGGAGAACAUCGUCAGCACGAUGCGCAGUAGCCCAGCGCUUCAGCCAGCAACGGUGAACGGUUGCAAGAAGCGCAAGCUCUAUCAACCUCAGCAACAGACAGUGCAUCACGUUCUCCAGCAUAGUGUCAACGAUACCAUGAUGGACGACGAAGACGAGAGCGAGGAGGAGGAGGACCCUGCGACGAUCAGGCAGAAACGGGAGGAAAAAGAUAAUUUGAAAAUACAAUUGAAAAUGCUGCACGAGCAAUUGGCGGAGAUGCAACAAAAGUACAUGGAGCUCUCCAGUAGAAUGGAGCCAGAUACAAGUGAGAGCGGUGAUGCGCCACCCAGUCCUCAGCAUCAACCGCAACCACCACCGAGGCCGCCACGACCUCAUCCACCGCCGUACAACGGUCUCCCGGCCCUCCCACCUGAUCAUCACCCCCACGCAGCGGCUGCCGCUAUGUAUCACAUGGGGCAUAAACUCUACUUUGAACAACAGCAUGCUGCCCUCGAGAGAAUGAAACAACAUCAAGAAGCGGCUGUGCGGCAACAGCAACAGCAGCAGCAACAGCAGCAACAGCGGCAGCAGGAGCAGCAGCAGCAACAACAGCAACAGCAGCAGCAGCAACAUCAACGACAGAGUUCGCCACCGCCACCAAGCCAAUCUCAGCAACAGAGCCAGAAUAACACUGGCCCUUCGACGCCGCAGACGCCGCAAAUGCAAUCAGCCAGUACGCCCAUUCAACAUAAAGACUUCCAAGAAAGGUUAAACGUCUUCAGAGGUGCCGCCGCAGCAGCCAGUUCGUCCGGUCCUCAUAUUACCGGAGCCGAUUUGGAAGGCCUGGCGGAUAUCUUGAAGACGGAAAUAACUUCUUCUUUAACGAAUCUGAUUGACAGCAUAGUAUCGAGGUUCGUGCAACAGAGGAGGUUUCUCGGUAAACAAACCGAGGCAGCGCAGGCUGCUGCCGAGCAGCUCAAUAAGGACCUCCUUUUGGCGAGCCAAAUGCUCGAAAGAAAAUCGCCCAGGACGAAAGUGGUCGACAGAGGAGCUCCGCAACCACCCGGUGGCCCAAACGGGCCACGGGGGCCCCUCAACGGUGGGCCCCCUCCUCCACAGCCCACGGGGUUUUCACAAAUCGGAUCCAUAGGUGGUGUGCCCCAUGGCCCUCAUGCUGGCCCCACGGAAAACAAUCUUAAUCAGAUGAAUCAGCUGCCCUCGCACGGAAGGCCGAGCGUUGGAAUGUUUCAGACCCCAAAACCGCCGACGAUAUACGCCAUGCAGGCCUCCAUGCAGGCGCAGCAACAACAGCAACACCAACAGCAACAGCAGCAACGCGAGCAGCAACAAAGGGAGCAACAACGCGACCAAUACUGCAAUAUGAGAGGUGACGAGAGAGAAAACAGGGACUCUGAACAAAAUGAGGCCCUGUCACUUGUCAUGACGCCGAAGAAAAAACGUCAUAAGUACGCUUUACAGGUGACGGAUACAAGAAUUACUCCCAGAACGGUGUCCAGAAUCCUAGCGCAAGAGGGAAACGGAUCUCAAGGAGGUAGUGAUAGUCCCCCGCCUCCUCCACCACCGAGACCCUACCACGCGCCACCACCGAUGCUGCCGGUGUCCCUGCCAACCAGCGUAGCGAUACCAAAUCCAAGCCUCCACGAGAGUCAAGUGUUCUCGCCCUAUUCGCCGUUUUUCAAUCCACACGCGAGUCAUCCUGGUCAAGUACCACCGCCGGGGCCACAUCAUUUACCCGCGAGUCCUCCGGGUGGAGGUGUAGAACUCAGGGAUUCCCCUCCACUGCCCCAUCCGCCGGCGAUGUUGCAUCCAGCCUUGCUGGCGGCAGCCCAGCACGGUAGUCCGGACUACGGACACCUCAGGAUGGACAGCAACGACCGAGCUAGCGACUGCAAUUCCGGCGACAUCAGCUACGAUGGAAUUCAGCCUACAAUAUCCUUUUCUAAUACCCAUAUGCUGAAGAGCGCAAUUGAUCGCAAAAUGACUAUUUCCUUAACCGCGGUGAACUCGUCGACGCUGACGCCGAUGCAUCUGAGGAAGGCGAAGCUGAUGUUCUUCUGGGUCAGGUACCCAUCCUCGGCCGUCCUUAAGAUGUACUUCCCCGACAUCAAGUUUAAUAAAAACAAUACAGCGCAGCUGGUCAAGUGGUUCUCCAACUUCCGGGAGUUCUACUACAUCCAAAUGGAGAAAUACGCGAGACAAGCAGUUUCGGAGGGCGUGAAGAACGCCGAGGAUCUCCGAGUCGGUGGCGACUCCGAAAUCUAUCGGGUUCUCAACCUUCACUACAACCGUAAUAACCACAUUGAGGUAUGGGGUCCCCAGGUACCCAGCAACUUCAGGUACGUUGUGGAGCAGACGCUGAAAGAAUUUUUCAAAGCGAUCCAAGGCGGCAAGGACUCCGAGCAAAGCUGGAAGAAGUCCAUCUACAAGGUGAUCUCGAGGUUGGACGACCCGGUGCCGGAGUACUUCAAGAGCCCGAACUUCCUGGAGCAGCUCGAAUGAAUCAGGAGGUCGCGUGGCUCUUGCUCUUCGUGGUGCGCGGGCUCGCCCGCGCUCGUCGGCUCCCGAUAAAUCAGGAAACGACCAACGAGGGAGGAUCGCAUCCGCCAGGAAGGUACACGUCCUUCGCGUAGUGCGUGUUCAGGUAUCCUUAAAUAACAUAUCGCAAAAACGAACGAGGGCUAGGAAGGGAGAGGAGACACGGACAAACCCAAAAGGAAUAGAGGCACCAUCGACGUCCUAGACGGGCGACGUCAAGAUGCCAACGAAGGAUCAGGCUGUGACCGAAUCACGAAUCAAACAGAAAAGACAGAAGAAACAUAUACGCGUACACAUGUGCACACCAACACACACAUACAGACAUACGUCCAUAAAAGAGAAAAAAAAUACUGCGAAUCUACGGCUGACGAAAUUCGACAGUCACAAAGUGUCGAACGCUCAUCGACGUUCCUCUUGUUUCAACUGAACGAGCACGAGAAGGUGAUUCCUGGGACGAGACGAAGAAAGCACGACGAAUGCGUGGUCAACGAACGGCGAGAAAUAGCUUUUAGCGUCGAUUUUGUCCGAUCUGUUUGUAACGUAGAGUAAUUACUUCGUUACCGCCUAAUUUUACAUCAGACGAUAAGAAUAGGGAUUUUAAAGACGAUAAACACUGCUGGGGUUGUACUCACGGAGAAAGAUGAAGACUUUUCGGAACGUUUGCGAGCAUAUCCAAAGAUUGAUUAAGUCUGAACAUCGCGCACGGCGAUUCCCCUUCCGAUUCGAACGAGACCCGGAAGUGGAAUCCUCGUCAACUCGGGAAACGAUGCAGGACGAGCGACUUUCUCGUCCUACACCGUUUCUGUAAAAAGGAAAGGAAAAACACUUGUGGAUGAGGAGAAAACCUUGCGCGCUAAGUCUACUUCGGAUAAUCCUAUACUUUGAACUCUGCAAGCAGCUUCGGUUUUUGCGAAGAUCGAUGCUCCCUGAUAAAAUUCUGAAAAACUUCUUAUCGCAGAAUGAAUACCGCAAAUGGCAAUUCAUACUUCGAUAAAAAGGCACUCUUGCUGCAAUCUGUAGCAUGGCUUCUCUUCUUUCUUUCAGGAAAAGUAAAAUCUCCAAUGUAUUAGUUAAAAGUAUCGAGGUUCACCUCGAUGCUUUCUCCAUCACCAAGAUUCAAUAUUUCCCUAUAGAGAUUGUACAUAAUUUCAUUUCAUUUCCGCAUAAUAACUGAUCAACGAGGAUUUGAGAUCGACGUGAAAAUGCUUGGCUAUGAAAUUACACUGCGCGUGAGAAUCGGGAAUAAGAAGCAGCGCGAGAGAAAAAAACGAUCGUGCGCACAUCGAUACCAAAGAAUCGACUUCGCGAGAAUCAGAUGCGUAACGUCGCAAUGAGUAACCGCUCUUAGCGAUUUCCGCACAAACAAUCUGUUCCUAUCUGCCGAGGAAGAGAUUCCUCCGUUUUUUUUUUCGUUCUCCCGUAUAUAUAUUUUUUUCUUUUUUCCUUUCGCUCGCUGAGCAUUACUUGUCGGGCCGAUAAAAGAGUACGUUUGUCAAGAGUGCAUAACGUUGGGAGGAUCGGUGCACGGGUCAAUAUACAUAGCUGUUUUUAUUAAUGGUUGAUUGUAUAAAACGAGAUUAGGCUAGUCGUAGUGACGAGAUUAGGAGUAGUACGGGCGACGAAGAUGCAGGUCGGAUGCAGCGUCUGUGCGAGGAUCGUGCGCCGGCCGUAUUCUAAUUGUGUAGCGUUGCAAACCAAAAAAAGAGAAAAAGAAAAGAAAGAGAAAAGAGCGAAAUGCUAUAUAAUCGUGCGUCGACGCGAUAAUUAUAUAAAUAUUAGACUUCUAAAGCGAAAAAAGAGACGGAUGCUGGCGUGAUUAAAGUAGCGUAAAAAAAAGACGUGCGCCAGAGAGGGUUGCACAAUCGCGCUUCCUUUUCUCCGUUUACAUUAACCCCCCUCUCCCCCGACCCAUCCUACGUACACGGACACACGCGACACGCAUAUAGCAGUCACUUACAAGUAUUAACCCCUGCACCACGCGAUUACGCGCGCGCGAAUGUACGAGAAAUUAGAGACAACGCCCCUAUACUCUUACUUGUGACCUUUCUUUUCGCUAGAAAUUUCUGUAGAUACUUUACGAGAUGGUAUAAAAAUAUUAGGGAUAAUUUGAGUGGUAGCGGAUGCACAUAAUUUAACUCUUAUUUUUUCACCAUUACUCUCGCUACUACGUGCACUAUUAUUAUUAUUACCAUUAUUAUUAUUAUAUUGCUAUUAUUAUUGUAUUAU